UCCUGUUUUUUUUCCUAAUCGAACACAGAGAGACUCGACACUUCGUGUUGACGUGGAGUAUGGUUUCACUUCAAGUCGCUAUUACUGACUGAAUAAGUGCUUAUAGUAGGAAACAGUCAUGCUGGAUUUCGCUAUAUUUGCGGUGACCUUUAUUGUUUUUUUGGUUGGCGCAGUUGUGUAUUUGUACCCGUCAUCAAGAAGAUCGUCUGACAUCCCAGGUCUGAAUCCAACUGAUGAGAAGGAUGGCAACUUGCCAGACAUUGUGAACAAAGGCGGUCUGCAUGAAUUCUUGGUGGCUUUACAUGAGGAGUUCGGCGCUGUGGCAUCAUUCUGGUUUGGUCAACGGCUUGUGGUAAGCCUGGGCUCCGUCAACCAGCUACGGCAACACAUCAACCCAAACCACACAACUGACUCGUUUGAAACGAUGCUUAAGUCGUUACUUGGCUACCAAUCAGGGACAGGUGAAGGGGUCAAUGAGGCCGUCAUUAGAAAAAAGGUGUAUGACAACGCCAUCAACGACACUCUCAAGAAGAACUUCUCAUUGGUUCUCAAGUUAGUUGAGGAACUGGUUGAAAAGUGGGUGUCAUUCCCAGAGGCUCAGCACAUACCACUCUGUUCCCACCUGUUGGGUCUCUCCAUGAAGAUCGUCACUCAGCUGGCCCUUGGCGAGCACUUCAGUGAUGAUGCCCAAGUUAUAUCUUUCCACAAGAAUCAUGACGUGAUCUGGUCCGAAAUUGGGAAAGGCUACUUGGACGGUACCCAGGAGAAGAGCAGCAGCAGUAAGACACAUUAUGCGAGAGCUCUGUCAGAGAUGGAGUCUGUGUUGCUGUCUGUGGCCAAGGAGAGAAAAGCAAAGCCGAAACAGUUGGUGUUUGUGGACAUGCUGCUAAAGUCGUCUCUCAAAGAGCGACAGAUCAUGGAGGACUGCAUGGUGUUCACUUUGGCUGGAUGCGUCAUCACUGCCAACUUGUGUAUCUGGGUUCUUCACUUCCUGUCCACCUCCAAAGAAGUCCAGGAUAAGUUGUAUGAAGAGAUGGAAGAUGUUUUGGGUUCGGAUCCCAUUUCCUUAAACAAGAUCCCCCAGCUUAAAUACUGCCAGCAGGUCCUGAAUGAGACAGUGAGGACUGCGAAGUUGACUCCCAUUGCUGCCCGACUUCAGGGAUUGGAUGGAAAAGUUGAUCAGCACGUAAUCCCCAAAGAGACCCUAGUGAUCUAUGCUUUGGGUGUAGUGCUGCAAGAUUCCAACACCUGGAGUGCAGCAAGCAGAUUUGACCCGGAUCGGUUUGAGGACGAUUCAACCAGAAAGAGUUUCUCUCUGCUUGGUUUUUCUGGGAAUCAGACAUGUCCAGAACUUAGAUUUGCAUACAUGAUAGCUACUGUUCUGCUCAGCACAUUGGUGCGGCAGCUGAGGCUUCAUCGAUUGGAGGGUCAAGUCCUGGAGGUCAAGUCCGAGCUGGUUUCAGCACCAAAGGAUGAAACCUGGAUCACCCUUAGCGGGAGAAGUUCAAAAUAGUCUUCUGUAACUUAUUUUAUUUGUGAGGGCUUUGAUCAACUGAAAUCUUGUGGUAUGCUUGGUCCGUGUUUUUCACCAUAUUUUGCAUUGUUUCCUUUGACAUUUCAUCAUACAAGAACUGUGUACUGAAAAUGGAAAAUUCUCUCCUCAAAAAAGUACAGUAUUUUGGUAAAUGUUGAAGGAAUCCUUGUUGGAAAAAAAUAAUAAAAUGAUUCCAAAUGGUGAAACUUAA